AUGGGUUGUACCGUUAAUUCCGAAAAUGGAAUAAAACAAGCAGUGUAAAUAAAUCUUCCGCUGGUCCACAUCCAACGUUGUUAUCGACAAAAUUUGAACGUAAUUUCCAUCACUGAAGUGCAGUGUUGUAAAAUAAGAACUUUCUUCCAUCGCUAACCAUCACCCGGCAAAAGCAUUGUGGUUUUGUUGUGUUUGCAAUAAAUAACAAGAAAAAGUGCACGGAAAUGCGGAUUGCAGUUGAAGGUUGUGCUCACGGCGAGCUGGAGAACAUCUACGACACCAUUAAAGGCAUCGAGAAGUCAAAAAACAUCAAAAUUGAUCUAUUACUCUGCUGUGGCGACUUCCAAUCCACACGAAACUUGGAGGAUCUGCAAACAAUGGCGGUGCCAAAGAAGUACAUGGACAUUUGUUCAUUUUACAAAUACUAUAACGGUCAACUUGUGGCCCCUGUGCUCACAAUCUUCAUUGGCGGCAAUCAUGAAGCCUCGAAUUACCUGCAGGAGCUUCCAUACGGUGGCUGGGUUGCACCGAACAUUUAUUACUUGGGCUAUGCGGGCGUCGUCAACGUUAACGGCAUACGCAUUGCUGGCAUCAGCGGGAUUUACAAAGGUCAUGACUUUCUACGCGGCCGGCACGAAUUCCCGCCAUACACACAAUCUAGUUGCCGCAGCGUGUAUCAUGUACGCCAGUUGGAGGUGUUUAGAAUGAAGCAGCUUUCCGGGAAAAUAGACAUCUUCAUGUCACAUGACUGGCCGCGUGGCAUUUGGGACUAUGGAAACAAAGAACAAUUGAUCAAAUUUAAACCAUACUUCAAAGAUGACAUGGAGAGUGGUAAGCUGGGCAGUCGCCCAUUAGAAGAGCUUCUGAAAAGUGUACGGCCGACAUAUUGGUUUGCGGCUCAUUUACAUUGCAAAUUUGCGGCAUUGGUGCCUCAUCAUGUAGAAGAAGAUGCCGAUCAAUCCGAUGAUGAUAACGCAAGCAGCGAGAGCGAGAAUGAAAAAUCUCAUAGUCCAAAUGCAGUGCGAAAUUCCAAGCCAGUUUCAGUUACGAAAUUUCUUGCCCUAGACAAAUGCCUACCCAAAAGACGUUUCCUUCAAGUUGUGGAAAUGGAAACUACCACAGAGUCCAAAGGUGUGGAUAUAAACCUUGAGUAUGAUGUUGAGUGGUUGGCCAUAUUGCUGACUACAAAUCAUCUGCUAUCGAUAAAGAAUAAUAACUACUAUUUGCCGGGGAAAAAAGCGGGAAACGUAACGGAGCGCUUUAAUUUCACACCCACUUCCGAAGAACUGGAGUUGGCCCGCUCCAAAUUCCCAAACCUUAAUAUACCACAAAACUUUUGUCGCACUGUGCCACCUUUCGAUCCAAUGGAGCAAUCGAACUAUAAACACUUGAACGUUAAUCAGCCAUCAGCCCAAUUAAAUCCGCAGUGUACAGAAUUUUGUACACUUUUAGGGAUCGAUGAUCCACUUGCCUUAGCAAUGCUUGCUAAUGGCAAAGAAGUCCAAGAAGCUUUCCAAAUAGACGAUGACAAAGAUGUAAGUUCGGAACUCGAUUAUUCCAUGGAUACAUCGUGGGAAAACAGUUCAAUUUUAUCGACGCCGCUCAAACGAAAACUUAACUUAUCUUUACCAGCUCCAGCCUCCGAGAUUACCAGAGAAGCAGACCACAGUGUGAUUGAGCUGCCCGAAGAAACAGAAAUUGAGGUAAACGAAAUUGACAAGCAUGAGAUAAUUGAUGAAAGAACUGGGCCAAUAGAAGAGCUGCAAACAGAUGACGCUACAGUAAAAGAAGAGACAAUCAAAAACGAUGUUAAUCCUGCUGCUGAAGCUAAGGCCACACCAAAUAUGAAUAAAUUCAAGCGGAGAAAUCAAAGCAUAUAUCAAGCGGACGAUAAUGACGUAUAAUACUUCACCAGGGGAUCAUUGUCAAGAAAAAUAAUCCGCCAACUCAAGCUAUAACUUUUUGCAGCAAUGUGAACCAUUUAUGCUGAAAAAGAAAGACUCGGUCCUAAGAUACCCAUUCUAAGCUCAUAUUCUGAGCGGAUGGACGGAUCCGGUGUACAUGAGUUUAAAGAAGUCUAGUCUUGUGAUUAUUUAAGUACCUAUAACAUGACUUAAGUUACACCAGACAUGCACAUAUUUUGCACACAAACUUGUCUUUUAUUACAAGUAUGUUUUAAUGCAAUAUUUUAGUGUAGAAUUCUUAUUUAUUUUAUUUGAAUGGCGCGAUUGUGAAAUUCUCGUAGUCUACCUGUAUGACCAGCGUAUAAUACCGUUUCGGAACUGGUAUAUAAAUGUAGAAAAACACACUUUAUAUGUACAUAUAUCAAAUGUAAGAUUAAAAGGUACAAUAAAUUAAGUAAUUUUUGAAA